CACCGCUCAUUGCACGUUGAUUUGAACAGAUCGGUAAUCCAUUGUUUUUCCUUACAGUCAGUCAAUGAUUAUCGAUCCCACUGAUCCAAAGUUCAACACAAAUACCUGCCAUGACACCUGCGAGGAAGAUGAUUAAAAGAUGUCGCUAAAGACUUUUUCACGGCUACUUUUCCGUUUUUCACUCAACCCCAGUGGCAUCGCCUCCAAAAGGCCGCUUUGUGAGCGACAUGAAGCGGCCGCCGCGGUGCCGCUGGGUCGGGGCUCCGCUCGGGGAUACUACAACGUUGGGAAACCCAGGUAUCCCAGCCCGGGCGGGGCGCCGCACCUCCGGGUGGURGACCUCCGCAGCGACACGGUGACGAAGCCCGGGCCGGGGAUGCGACAGGCGAUGGCGGAGGCCGAAGUCGGGGAUGACGUGAUGGGGGAGGACCCGACGGUGAACAACUUGCAGAAGACUGCAGCUGAAAUGUUUGGGAUGGAAGCUGCUCUGUUCGUUCCCUCUGGAACCAUGAGUAAUCUCAUCGCAGUGAUGGUGCACUGCAGGGAGCGCGGAGACGAGAUGAUCGUGGGCGACCUGUCCCACCUGCACAUCUACGAGCAAGGAGGCAGCGCUCAGCUGGCAGGGGUCCACGCCGCCACGGUCGCCACGCGCCUCGAUGGUACGUUUGAUUUAAAACAGCUGGAGUCCAAGAUCCGCCACGGAUACCCGGACCCUCAUUACCCCCGUUCGCGCCUCAUCUGUGUGGAGAACACGCACAACAUCCAGGGAGGACGUGUGUUGCCUCUGCACUUCCUGCAGGAUGUUCGCGCUUUAGCAGAUCAGCACGGUCUGUCGGUUCACAUGGAUGGAGCUCGGGUGAUGAACGCCGCCGUGGCCCAGGGCGUGCCUGUGUCCGCCAUCCUGCAGCACACGCACACGGUCAGCGUCUGCCUCUCCAAGGGUUUAGGCGCCCCGGUGGGUUCCGUGCUUGCCGGACCUCAGGACUUCAUAUCCCGGGCGGUGCGCUGCCGUAAAGCUCUUGGUGGGGGGAUGCGUCAGGCUGGUGUCAUUGCAGCGGCCGGAAAGUUGGCUUUGCAAGAGAUGGUUGGAAGAUUAGUGGAAGAUCACCGCAACGCAAAAACUUUUGCUCAAGCACUACUCAGUUGCCAUCCUCUGUUUGCCGUGGACAUGGCAGCCGUGGAAACCAACAUCCUGCGUUUCCGAAUUGAGGACUCUGCUUUGAGUCCUCAGGAGUUUUGUGCCCGCAUGGCUCAGGUUGGGGAGGGAGAAGAAACGGCUCUGGGGCAGGGGGUGCGGGUUCUCAUGUACCCUCAUUUUGAGAACUCCGUCAGAGCUGUGUGGCAUCUUGGGAUAUCCCCUGAAGACACCCAGCUGGCCAUCCAGAAGAUGCAAUUYGUGGCUUCUCAGUACUUGAAAGAAAAAAAACAAGAACAAGUGAAAACCUAAUGCAAUCUGUUUACAGUGAAAACUGCAGUAUUGCAGGAGUAAAAAAAGACUCACAGAUGCCACUUUACAUGGGACAAAWACGAUAAGUGGCACUUUGGUUGUACCAUAUUCAAAAACUUGAAUAAAACGCUGAUUCCUAUAUUUA